CGAAAGCACACGUUCGCGUGGGGUCAUUUGUUUCACCACUUCGCGUCGUGCCGCGUUUGAAGUUCCUGCAAAGUGGGAAUACACGUUGUAGCAUCUGACUUAUCAUGAUUGUUCGUGGUCCGGACGAGUUCUUAAUGAAAACGAGUUUUACGCAGCGUACGAUUCGGUUGUUGAGGGAAAAUCCAACUCGGUUCGGGGACACGAAAAUCCGUGUUUGUUGGAAAGAAAAAAGAUAAACACCGUUCGGUUAUCCGUGUGGGUAUUCUAGAGCACUGUGUUCAGGUGAGAUUUUUACGAAACAAACACAGAUCGCUGCCGUGACGAACGACCUUCUGAAAAAAAAAAUGAAGUGAAUGAGUUAGCAGUGUGUGAUCGACAUGAACUUCAUGCGUUGUCACUUUUGGGGAAUUACGAACGCGAAGGAGCAAUUCAAAGGCGGAUACUCUCGAGGUUGUUGCCAUCUCGACAACAGGGUCAACGUGUGAAAGCAUGUUUAGACGGGUGGUGCCACAUCUGAUCCAUCAAUCAGCGACGACGUCGUCGGCUUCAGGAGGUAUAGCAAAUCGUCAUCAAGUGUUCGAACGACGACGGCGGCGGCCGCUGCGACCUGCAAGCAUCUAUCACGCAGUUCUUCGUUAUCACGAAACCGUUGCCGGUAGCGACGAAACAGCGACCUCAGACAACAACAACAACAAACCCGGGGCAAAGCCAUCACUCCCCGUAACCGUGACCGGUUCAGCCGAUAAUCGAGUAAACCCCAUCGAACGUGGCGCAAUAUGUCGCAAUACCAAAAUUUCGCGACAGCACAUGGCGCCCGAAAUUGCGCUGCAUCUAAUCACAGAGGAAUGCUCCAUUUAUCAUCAGCCAAUCAGCGACGAUUUCUGCUUCCCAAGCGAACCAUUUUGGGGAUUUUUCUGGCCUGGCGGGCAGGCACUGACCAGCGAGUUUCAACUGUGCAGAUACAUUUUAGAUAACGAUCAGUUGUUCUCGGGCAGACACGUUUUGGACGUUGGAUGUGGCUGCGGAGCUUCCGCCAUUGCCUCGAAGCUCGUCGGGGCAAAGCGCGUAACUGCCAAUGACAUUGACCCAACCGCUCUUCAGGCAGCUCUUCUCAACGCAGAACUGAACUCGGUCGACUUGGAGAUAAGCGGUGGAAACAUGAUCGGCCUACUGCGUGAUGAUUUUGACGUCGUGCUGAUAGGCGAUCUAUUCUACGAUGCCGACAUUGCAGAUGUGUUGAUUCCAUGGCUUACCGGGUUAACUGCCAAAGCGGUUGAUAUCUACAUCGGUGACCCGGGGAGACACGGUUUGACGGAGAGUCGGCUGAGGAAUAUGAUUCAAUUAGCACGCUAUCAGCUCCCAGCGAAUGUUUGCAUCGAGAAUAACGGGUUUUCACAUGCCAGUGUCUGGAAGUUCAUUUUAUAGCCGUCGAUUAUUUGUAGUUAGAAUGAUUAUUUGACCUGAAUGCUUCCAUUUCCAGGAAUUGCAUUACAUAGUUGCAUAGCAUGAAGCGAAUAAUUGAUUGGCAGAAAUAUAGAAAUUAUGUACAAAAAAAUAA